AGGCAGUGAUAAAUGAACCUGAUGCCACCAGGGAUAGCAUGUGUAUUCUUGCUCACCUCCCUAUUGCUCAAUACAGUGAGACAAACUCCAAAUUCGCGCCUCAUCUUUGUCUCCUCGGAAGCACACAGACUUGUUUCUGUCAGAGACGUGGAGACCUUUGACCCAAGAGAGCCAGUGCAUGUUGAGAAUUUUGAUGACCACGUCAAGCUGUAUGGCAUCUCAAAGCUGGCCUUAAGGAUCUUUGCACAGUUUGUGGCAGAGAGUUUUCCAGGCAUCUUGGUCACGGAAGUCAACCCGGGGAAUGUGUGGACACCCAUCUACCGUCAUGCCUGGCUCUCCUGGCAGGACAUGCUGACGCGCCUCCUGUGCUCCCAGCUAAUGCGAGACGUGCAGGAGGGAGCUCAGCCACUAAUCCACGCACUCAAUUCUGCCUCUCUGCAAAGUGGAAUCUAUUUGAGUGAUAUCCUAGAAGUGGAAGGAAAGCCAGGCUAUGACCCGGCAGUGACACGGAAACUGUUGGCUGCGUCAGUGAAGCUGACUGGGAAACACCUGGCUGGAACCCCACAGGAGAUUUCUGAUUUCAUUUAAGAUGAUAAUAAUGAUUGUACUUCUGUACUGAAUUUCCUAUUAUUGUUAUUGUUAUUUAUUAUCUAAGGUAUCAAAAUUG